AUGUGUUGUGUUUUAUAUCUCCUAGAUGUGUUUUAUAUCUCCUAGAUGUGUUUUAUAUCUCCUAGAUGUGUUUUAUAUCUCCUAGAUGUGUUUGUGUUUUAUAUCCUAGAUGUGUUUUAUAUCUCCUAGAUGUGUUGUUUUAUAUCUCCUAGAUGUGUUUGUGUUUUAUAUCUCCUAGAUGUGUUGUGUUUUAUAUCUCCUAGAUGUGUUGUGUUUUAUAUCUCCUAGAUGUGUUGUGUUUUAUAUCUCCUAGAUGUGAGGUGUUUUAUAUCUCCUAGAUGUGAGGUGUUUUAUAUCUCCUAGAUGUGAGGUGUUUUAUAUCUCCUAGAUGUGAGGUGUUUUAUAUCUCCUAGAUGUGAGGUGUUUUAUAUCUCCUAGAUGUGAGGUGUUUUAUAUCUCCUAGAUGUGAGGUGUUUUAUAUCUCCUAGAUGUGAGGUGUUUUAUAUCUCCUAGAUGUGUUGUGUUUUAUAUCUCCUAGAUGUGUUGUGUUUUAUAUCUCCUAGAUGUGUUUUAUAUCUCCUAGAUGUGUUUUAUAUCUCCUAGAUGUGUUUUAUAUCUCCUAGAUGUGUUUUAUAUCUCCUAGAUGUGUUUGUGUUUUAUAUCUCCUAGAUGUGUGGUGUUUUAUAUCUCCUAGAUGUGUUGUGUUUUAUAUCUCCUAGAUGUGAGGUGUUUUAUAUCUCCUAGAUGUGUUUGUGUUUUAUAUCUCCUAGAUGUGAGGUGUUUUAUAUCUCCUAGAUGUGUUUGUGUUUUAUAUCUCCUAGAUGUGUGGUGUUUUAUAUCUCCUAGAUGUGAGGUGUUUUAUAUCUCCUAGAUGUGUUGUGUUUUAUAUCUCCUAGAUGUGUGGUUCAGGACCAUCUCCCGUUAGAAUCCAUCAGCCUACGUCACCCUUUGCUGUAACCUGGGUGAUAUAGACCAUCCACACUUCCUCUCUCUCACACGCACACAGGCACGCUUGUACCAUCUCAGCUCAUCUCUCUCUCUCUCACACACACACCCCAGUCUCUGAGACCCGGGCAUCUCUCUCUGACCAUGGACGUGUCAGCGCUGGGCAGUGGGAGCAGCUGUUCAGAGGAUUGUGUGGUAGGGUCUGGCUGUCUGGAGGACUGUGGGAACCAGAGUGACUGGACUGACUGGGAAUGGGAGGACUUCAGUGGGGCUGAGCUGGUGUGUGUGACAGCCGUGUGUGUGCUGCUGCUUGCCCUGGGCAUCACAGGAAAUAUGUUAACCAUCCUGGUAGUUUGGCUCCGGCCACACCUGAGAAGCACCACGUACCUCUACCUGAGUAGUAUGGCCGUCUCCGACCUCCUCAUACUGCUUCUGAUGCCUUUAGAUCUGCACUACAAGCUGUGGAGGUUCCGGCCCUGGGAUCUGGGUGAUACAGUGUGUAAACUGAGUGUGUUCGUCAGUGAGAGUUGUACCUACUCCUCCAUCCUCCACAUCACCGCCCUUUCUCUGGAGCGCUACCUCGCUGUCUGUCGACCACUCACAGCCAAGACCCUGGUCACACGGACCCGCGUCCGCACUCUCAUUGGCUGCCUGUGGGUUGUGGCCCUGAUCAGCGCCGGGCCGGUGUUUGCUAUGGUAGGGGUAGAGGAGCUGGGGGGAGGUGGGGAGAGCGAGUGUCGCUGUACGGACUACGCCGUCUCCUCAGGCCUGCUGGGGGCCAUGAUGUGGCUCUCCAACCUCUACUUCCUGGUGCCGCUGGGCAUUCUGGGAGUUGUGUAUGGCCUGAUUGGCAGGAAGCUAUGGCUCCGCCCACAACGCAGCAGCCGAGACCGCGCCCAGCGACACACCAUCAAGAUGCUAGGGAUGAUCGUGCUGGCGUUUGUUCUGUGUUGGCUGCCAUUCCACGUUGGUCGGACGUUGUUCUCUGUGACUCUGGGCUCCAGCGCUGAUAUGUACUACAUCUCUCAGUACUUUAACCUCGUCUCCUUUGUGUUGUUCUACCUCAGUGCUGCUGUCAACCCUAUCCUCUACAACACCAUGUCAGCACGCUACCGCCACGCUGUCCGCAGCCUGCUGCGCUCACACACCCCCCGCUCCCGCCACCCCCCACUCACGCCACAACACUCUACCACCACCCUGUAACACACACACACCACGCUCCCGCCACCCCCGACUCACGCCACAACACUCUACCACCACCCUGUAACACACACACACCACGCUCCCGCCACCCCCCACUCACACCACAACACUCUACCACCACCCUGUAACACACACACACACCACGCUCCCGCCACCCCCCACUCACGCCACAACACUCUACCACCAUCCUGUAACACACACACACCACGCUCCCGCCACCCCCCACUCACGCCACAACACUCUACCACCACCCUGUAACACACACACACCCCGCUCCCGCCACCCCCCACAACACUCUACCACCACCCUGUAACUCACACCCCCCCCGCUCCCGCCACCCCCCACUCACGCCACAA